AUGCCUGCGGACACGCCGGGCAGGCCGAGAGCCUCGCCGCCGGCGGCAGAGCCAGCCAGCGCCCGCCGAACCCCCAGCAAGCCCCGGAGUGCGGCCGAGCACCGGAAGUCCUCCAAGCCGGCCAUGGAGAAGCGGCGCCGAGCGCGCGUCAACGCCAGCCUCGCCCAGCUCAAGGCCCUCAUCCUGGACGCCCUCAGCCAAGACAGCGCCCGGCACUCGAAGCUGGAGAAGGCGGACAUCCUGGAGAUGACCGUGAGGCACCUGCGGAGCGUGCGGCGCGUGCACAUGACAGCCGCGCUCAGCGCCGACCCCGCCGUCCUGGGCAAGUACCGCGCGGGCUUCAAUGAGUGCCUGGCCGAGGUGAAUCGCUUCCUGGCCGGCUGCGAGGACGUCCCGGCCGACGUGCGUUCUCGCCUGCUCGGCCACCUGGCGGCCUGCCUGGGCCAGCUGGGGCCCUCGCGCCGCACGGCGCCCCCACCCCCCGCCGCGGAGGUCCCCACGCCCGAGGUCUACGUGGGCAGCCCCCCGCUGCCGGCGUUCGACGGCCCCUUCCCCCCGCUGCGCCCCGGGGCCGCCUUCGCGCUGCCGCUCCUGCAGGCUCUGACCGGGGCGCCCCCCGCCGCCCCCUUGGCGGGGCUGCAGGGCCGGGGUGUGCCCUGGAGGCCGUGGCUGCGGUGAGGCCGCCCCGUUUUAGGGCCGAAGCCUUUGCUGAGACUGUACCAGGGAGUAUUUAUCUCCAGAGGCCGCAGCGAGAGUUUUGUGUGUGUUUGUGUGCUUUCAGCGAAGGGUCUAGUCUGGUAGGGCUGGGGCCCUCGGCGGUGUGGUGGGGGGCUGCGGGGCUCUGCGCGGUUCCGCCCCCUGCCUCAGGCUGCGCCCUGCGCGGGGCCCCUCCCUCCGGCAGGUGCGCCCCCGUGUGGGACCGCCCGGGCGUUGCGUUUGCCCGCACCUGGGCGGGAGCCACGACCCGCCUUGAAGUGGGGGUGUUAGGUCCCCCAGGAUGCUCAGGCCGGAAGGUGACAGUCGCCCUGUUUUCCAGAAUGUAUCCCAGGGUUGGGAAACAUUAGUUCAGCAUCACUGGGCAAUCUUUUUUUUGGGGGGCGGGUACGUGCCCCUAGCGGGAACCGAACCCGGGACUCUCUGGUCCACAGGCCGAUGAGCCACACCGGCCAGGGCUGGGCAAUCUUUUCAAGGCACCUUUCCCGCUCCCACUCCUGGGGGCCCUGGAAGGUGGGGAGGUGCAUUUUAUCGUUGUUAUCACAGCCAAGCUGAGGGGUGACCUGUCCUGAAGCUUCAGUUCCGGCCUGAUCCACAUCCGGCUUUGUUCUCACCGCUCUGCACCAAACCCUCUACCUCUCCUCCAUGAACAGAGCCUGCUCCAGGCCGGUCUCCCCAGGACAGGGGUGCCAGCAGGAGAGGGCAUCAGGGGCCCAGGCAGGGAACGGGGGAGGCAGGCACGGGGCACUUAGUCCGGGAGGUGCUCUCCCACCAGAGUCCAGUGCUGCUCUGUCUGGCCUUGCUCUGGGAGGGCUGGGCCCUUAUCCCCCCACCCACGGGAGACGACGGGGGUUCAUCCUGCCAAGCAUCUGUCCUGAGCACCUGCUGUGUGUCAGCCCUACAGUACAAGGCUGCGAUACUAGGCAGCAUGGGAUGUUGGCCCUGGAGUCCGCUGUGCUCCAGGUGUGAUGAGGGGGUGGUCCCAGUUACACAAGCCCAGACUGGAAUGUAUCAUUUUGAGCCCGCCUGAGGCCGAGCCAACAUUCAUUUCCCAACCGCUGCUCAGAUUCAGACAGUUGCCUGCCUUCCUGCUGCCUGGCCAGGCCCAUCCAGGAGGCAGUGAGUCACGCUAGUCUGCUCCUCCUUCAUGCCUCCCACGUCUGUGCCAUGGGCUUACCUGAGCAGGAGGGUUGAGGAGGGUCUGUACUGGGGGGGCUGGGAGCUUGGUUAGGGGAGGGGAGCUCAGGAAGGGCCCCAGUGCAGAAGGAAGGGGAAGACCUGAGGGUGUGGAUUGUGGAGCCUUGGGUGGGUAGGGGGAUAAGUCAGGGCCUGCUCAGAGCUGGACCCCACACUUGGAACCGCUCAGUCCACACUGACCUAAUCAAUCAAUUUGCACGAAAGCUGGAGCCAGGAGGUUGGGGGAGGGGUGUCAUCCUUGGUUAGGUCAGGGAAGUCUGAGAAGCACAGGGAGCUGAGGCUGGGCCCCAUGGGGAGGGCCCUGGGCAGAGAGCAGCACCGGGCAGCACAGAGGGGUUGUCCUGGGCUCUCCCCAGGCUGCGCCUUCUAGCAGCUGAGGGCAGCUGGGUCUCAGGAGCAGCAGUCUAGUCUCCAGCUGUGGAAGGAAGCACACCCCUCCCCGCACCAGCCUGGACAUCUGCCCUGGGCCAGGGGAGAGCUGGGGCCCAAACCACGGAGCCCCCACUGGGGACUCUUCCUUCCCUCCCACUUCCUGCCUCUCCCCCUGCCUCUGGCGGGGCGGGCACAGGGUCAUUCCCUGGUCCCUUCACCCUCCACCCCAGCUAUUUUUAUCUUGGCUUUUGUCUUGCAGACACUUCCUGCUAAGUAGGGAUGAAGCACCUACUCCAGGCAUGUGGAGGGGACGGGGAGGGACCAGGACUUCCUCCUGGAGGGGGGGUGCUCUUAGUCACUUCCCCUCAAUGGAAGGCAAUGUCUUGUUCAUCUUUGGCCUCCUUCCAGCCUGGUUCCCGAGAGAACCAAGGGUCAAUAAAUGUUUUCGGAGUAAAUGUGCACUGUCAGAGGAUGUGCCUCUGGGUGUCAGAGCCCUGUCUGUCUGGGUCAGUCUGUCUGCUUGUGGGGCCAGGGCUUGGGGACCAAACAAUGACAGCAAGUCAUAGGCGUGAAGUCUGGAGUAAGAAUCAGCCCAGGAAAUGUGCAGGGGGGGAGGGGCUGGGACGGCUCCCCACCAAAGGUGUGCCAGGCUGCUCCGUCUCUGCUCCCCCUCCUGGGAUGCACCCUUGGCGAGGAAACGGGCCCUGGGUUUGACAGCCUCCUGAAAGGCCCCCAGGGACCCUCCACCUGGGAUGCAGCCAGUGUACGUCCCCAUCUGGAGGCUCCCGCAGAAGCAAUGGGCUGUCUCUUCAAGAUCAGGUUGCAAGUGGUGCCUGCUCUGUCUGUCUGUCCGUCUGACACCACUCGCUCUGGGAGACCAGCAGAGCGUGGACUGGGGACCUGCUGUCACAGCUGUAACAGUGGGCUGAGCAGGAGAGCCUCUGGCACUGUCCAGCCUGCGGACGAGCCCAGCCGUGGCGGGCGUGCUCAGGGCAGCCUCCGGGCGGGAGUCCCUGAGACAGACCCACCGGGAGCAGCUCCGGGAUUCCUGUUCUCCAGACACUGUGGGAGGGUGAGUGCUGGUGGUCUUAGUGCUAAGUUGUAGGUUAAUGUGUUAUGCAGCAAUAAAUAACAAGAAGUAUGUAAAAUUUAAGAUAAAUAUAAAUAACAAUAGCAAUAAGCACAUACGGCCACAGCCGCCCAGGGGUCACCACCACGAGCCCUCGGGAGGGUGGGACUGUGGAGGAGUUGGGUGAGGGCUGCAAUGAAAGCAAGAAUAACCCAGAAACAGCCCUGAAGCUGGGGUGGGCAGAGGGCCGGGCCUGGCAUUGAUCCGGAAGCGGUUUCCCAGCAAGUCCCGGUGGCGGGUGCUGCCCAGCCAAGCUCACGCCCCCACUGUGGCAUCCAGGCAGGGUUGGGAUUGUUUCUGUGGCAGGAACUGAUGAGGAAGCCUGGAAUGGAGCAGAGGGGCUGAGGGUGCGCAGGCCCCAGGAUUCUAACAAGGACAGGUGUGGGAGACUCCUGCUGGGACUUCCAGUGCCCAGCACCCUAGGUAGCUUGGCCUCAGCUGCCCUGCCAGCCACACCAGCAGGCCAGGGCCACCCGGACCCUUUCUGCAGCCUGCAUCCAGGGUUACCAAAAAGCACCUGGCUGCUGCUGCCUCAGAGAUGUCAUCUCCGGGUACCCGCCUGACCCCAGCACCCACCAGUCACCUGGUGGCUUUGGGCUCACCCCUGGACCUCUACUGCAAGUGAGGGUCUGUGUGGGGGUGCUGGCUCAGCAGAGUAGGAGGUCAGUGCUGGGAGCCUGAGGCCCUGUGCUUGGCCCUCAUCAGCGCUGACCUCACAGUAGGGAGGUCAUUAACCUCAGCCAGCAGUAUCUUCCCACCUCCCGCCCCCCAUCCUCACCCUGGUGGUGGGGGAAGGGCUUCCCCAGCUCGGCCCCUCCCCUCCUCAUGGCUCCCCCAGCACCCCUGGUCUUGUCCCAGCAGCCCCAGUUGUUGGGAGACACCAUUAUCAUCUCCUGGCCCCCACACCCAUCCCCCAACUUCUGCACUCAUCACAAUCUGGGCCAAACAUCCCCACCCAGAGGGCCAGGGGCUGGCCCGCUCCAGCCUGAGCACCCCCAGCUCCUGACCCUCUUACUGUCUUUCAAGGCCCCAGGCCCGUCAGGGCCCGGAUGUGGGCUUUCCUGCCCAUCCAGGUCAGGCAGGUGUUAGGCGUGCCUCGGCCAAGCCGGUCCUGGGAGAGGGGCCCUGAGUGAGAUGCCUGGUGGACAGGGUGCCUGCGGCUGGUGCAGGCUAUUCCUUCUGCUGCUUCAGCGGCAGGAAAGGCGGAGGCUCGUGAGUGGGCCCCAGGGGUCGGUUCGCUGAGUUAAGAGGUGAGGGCACCAUCCCAGGAGCUGAGCUCUCUGAUCUAUCUGAUCCUGGAGUUGGCGAGCUUGGGCCAGACUUCUCCUGAGUUGGUACCAGGUAGGGUGGACAGAAAGUGUCCCCCCAAAUGCAUCACCACCAAGGUGAUGGCAUGAGGAGACAGGGCCUCUGGGGGCGGGUAGGUCAUGAGAGUGGAGCUCAGGAGGGGAUUCGUGCCCUUGCCAAAGGGGGGAGGGGAGAGCCGGCUGCUCUGGGCCACGUGGGGACACCAAGGAGACCGCUGCCCCCACAGCAGGCCUGCCGCACCGUGAUCUGGGCCCCCCAGCCUCCAGGACUGUGAGAAAUACAUUUCUGUUGCUGAUGAGCUGCAGCCUGUGGUGUUUUCUUACAGUGGCCUGGACAGACGGAGCUCCAGGGUCAAUGAUACCAAGCAGAUGAGACAAGGGAUUGCCAUGGACCUUUUACAUUUUAUUUUAUUUUUAUCCUCACCCGAGGAUAUUUUUCUGUU